CCAGUAGUCAUUACUGUCCUAAUCGACUGUUACACUACAUAAUUCCAUAGAAUUCCACGCAGUGUGCAAUCGCUACUACAGUUAAAUAAAAAAAAUAGAUCCGUGGUCAGCCCACUUCAGCCACACACACACACACACACACACACACACAAAACCCGUGUAUGAACGAUUGUCGGCUCCAUCCGCCCACCGAGUUGCUCAAAACGGUUCUGGCCAGAUGAUGCAGUGGCAUUUGUCUAGAACUUUUGCGUAAAAUUGGCAGCUCAAGUCAGCCUCGGCAAUUCUGUGGAUCUUCAAUUGCCCUCGCCAGGCUACAAGAAAAUCCAUCAUUCUUCGUUACUGACUGUGUAGGCAUUCACCAGGGCAAUGUUCUACCCCAGAAAAGAAAACGAGUCCCGCUCGCAGCCACGUGUAGACCUGUAAGCCCUCAAUCCCAUCGCUUCCCUAGCUUCGGUUGCAUGCCACGUUAUGAAGGGCCAGCUGUCAGGUCGGUCUGUCUUUUCACCGGUGGACUUUUGGUGUACUGUACGUACAGUACGAGUGUGGAUUGGACGUGUAUUCCGAGUUGUAACAACACCCACUCCGACACUCGAUCUUUGGGUAUAGUGUAUACGUGUAUAGCUUCAUCCGGAGCCGAGAUAUACCCAGGAUUCCCCAUCCAGAGUUCCUUCCUUCCGAAGAUCAAAAAGAUCAAAAAGAAGAAAAGGAAGAAAAGGAAGGAACCCGAAGGGAAAGAUCGAAAAAAGCGAGACAACCCAUUGCCAAGCUUGAAUCAACAAACAACAAGAUCAUCCCACAUGCGGGGGAGCGGUGCCACAAGCUGCAUAUCAUGAUCUUUGGUCACAUUACGACCUAUGUAAGUAUACUCCGUACGGUAGUAAGUCCAGCAGGGUAGUAAGUUGUUAUUCCUCAUUGUUGAUGGGGAUACGAAGGACGACCGACCAUCCUUUGACGUCUAGUUCCAGGUGCGAAAUCAAGUAGAUCCACAAUUCCUCCGCCGGUAAUUGUCACAUCCGCUCUCACACCCACAUCCCUUGGACGGGGAGGGAUGAUCGUGACAUACUUCAAACCCAGGAUUCGUCACUCACUCAUGAAGUAGUGGACCGGAUUUCUGCAGGACAAGAUAGAUAGAAAGUGUGGGAGAAGGGGUGGGCUGAGUGAUCAGCAUAU